UCGCGUGCGCCGGGACUCGCCCUCGUCCCCUGGGACCAUCCUGCGCGCCCCCCCCCCCCCCCAGCCUCCGCCCCGCGUCCCCGUCUCGCGACCCGGAGGCGCGCAGGUGUCGGCCCCCGCGACCCACCCCUCGGGACGUCCCGGCGCGCAGACAUGCGGCGCGCCAAGCCUGGCGCCCUGCUGCCCCUGCUGCUCCUGCUCGCGCUGGCGUUGUCCCUGCCCGGGGCCCAGGCGAGGCCCCGGGGUCGCCGAGGAGCCCGUGCCACGGACCAGGAACCCCAGCCGUGGCCGUUUCUCCCCGCGGCCAGGGCCACCCGGAGCACAGAAAUGUUCCUAAAAGAUUCGAACUUAAAAGACAAAUUAAUAAAGCAUUUCACAGGGCCAAUCACGUUUCCAGAUGAAUGUAGCAUACAUUUCCAUCGACUGUAUCACAAUACCAGGGAUUGUUCAACGCCAGCUUAUUACAAGAGAUGUGCUAGAUUGCUUACAAGGCUGGCAGUGAGUCCCCUGUGCUCACAGACAAGACCUGCCCUAGGAGCAUUGCUUAAGAAUAUAAAUGCAGCUUGAAGGAAAAAGUGCCUGGAAUCAUGCUAACUGUACGAAGAGGGGAAGCAUCUAAUUUUAUGCUGUAUUAAGAUGGAAAUCUCAUCUGAGAUUUUACAGAAAUAAUUGAUUAGUUGUGUCCUUCCGUACAACGAAGUCUUUCUUGGUUUAUCUUUGUGUGUAGAGUAAUUUGAAAUGUUUUAAAACAAUGCUUAAAUCACACAACGUAAAUAGAAUAUUAAAAAAGUAUGCUAUUCUUUUAUGCUUAUUAUAUUAUUUUCUUAUAUGGUUAAUAUUCCAUAUAGGUAUGAAUUAAAUAUUUAAUUACGUAAAUUAUGUCUCAGAGUACUGGUGAGAAAUGAUUUAAGUAAUAUAUUUUUUUGAAUAAUCCUGUAUGAAGUCCACUUUUACAAUUCUUUUAAAUAAUAUUUAAAUACACCCAUUCAGAUUUGUCUUUAACUGCACUAAUUGGAAAUAUGAAUUCUAUUAAAACUGAAAUAUAAAAGGUCUGUGUUGCUUUUCUUUGAAUUGAAUCUAUUUGUCGCAGAAGUUAUACUAUUGGGAUGUGAUUACUACAUAUGUAUAUAUGGAUAAAUAUGUAUUUUCUAAACUGCUAACUAGUCUCCUGAGAAAAUUCCUGUCUUUCUGAAGUCUGGACAUAUGGUACUGCUGUCCUAAAUAAAAAGAGGAGAGCUAUAUGUUAUGGAGUUAGGAGAAUAUGUGGGCUGCCUGGAUGCUCUGUUUGGAUUUUUUUUUUUUUUUUAAUUUAAGUAAUCUCUACGUGUACCGUGGAGCUGGAACUCAUGACCCUGAGAUCGAGAGUCGCACACUCCCCUGACUGAGCCAGCCUGUAUCGCAUUCUGAUACUUUGAAACAGCUUCAUGUAAAAGCAACAGUGUAAA